UCAAAAAUGACUUUUGGUUUGGCGUCUCUGUUGAUACCCUCCUUCUUGUCCCACGCUUAUGAACGCACCACAGCAAAGCAUUGUGGGACGGCUCGCAGGUCCUGAGCUUCUCGAAAGAACUACCGCGAAGAUGAUGCCCACGCCGGUGAUCCUGUUGAAGGAAGGGACGGACACGUCGCAGGGGAUCCCCCAGCUCAUCAGCAACAUCAAUGCUUGCCAGGUGAUAUCGGAGGCCGUGCGGACCACGCUGGGGCCCCGAGGCAUGGACAAGCUCAUGGUGGACGGGAGAGGUAAGGCCACCAUCUCCAAUGACGGGGCCACCAUCCUGAAGCUGCUGGAUGUGGUCCACCCCGCAGCCAAGACCCUGGUGGACAUCGCCCGGUCUCAGGAUGCCGAGGUCGGGGACGGCACCACCUCGGUCACGCUCCUGGCCGCCGAGUUUCUGAAACAGCUGAAGCCGUACGUGGAGGAGGGCCUCCACCCCCAGACCAUCAUCCGAGCGUUCCGCACCGCCACCGGUCUGGCCGUGGCCAAGAUCAGGGAGAUUGCCGUGCCGGUGAAGAAAGACGACAAAAAAGAGCAGAGGCAGUUGCUGGAAAAGUGUGCAGCCACGGCACUCAACUCCAAGCUGAUUGCUGGGCAGAAGGAGUUCUUCUCCAAGAUGGUGGUGGACGCGGUCAUGUCUCUGGAUGAGCUACUGUCCCUCAAGAUGAUCGGAAUCAAGAAGGUCCAGGGAGGAGGUCUGGAGGAUUCCCAGUUGAUUUCCGGGGUGGCCUUCAAGAAGACCUUCUCCUACGCCGGCUUCGAGAUGCAGCCCAAGUGUUACGAGAACCCCAAGAUUGCGCUGCUGAACGUGGAGCUGGAGCUGAAGGCCGAGAAGGACAAUGCGGAGGUCCGGGUGAAGUCUGUGGAGGACUAUCAAGCCAUCGUGGACGCGGAGUGGAACAUCCUUUACGACAAGCUGGAAAAAAUCCACCGGUCGGGAGCCAAAGUGGUUCUCUCCAAAUUGCCCAUAGGUGAUGUGGCCACCCAGUAUUUUGCAGACAGAGAUUUGUUCUGCGCCGGGAGGGUCCAGGAGGAAGACCUGAAGAGGACCAUGAUGGCCUGCGGGGGCUCCAUUCAGACGUCUGUGGGUAACAUGUCAGAUGACGUCCUGGGGCAGUGUGAGCUCUUUGAGGAGGUCCAGAUCGGAGGAGAAAGGUACAACUUGUUCAAGGGCUGCCCCAAGGCCAAGACGUGCACCAUCAUCCUGCGCGGCGGCGCCGAGCAGUUUACCGAGGAGACGGAGCGCUCGCUGCACGACGCCAUCAUGAUCGUGCGCAGAGCCAUCAAGAACGACUCGGUUGUCGCGGGCGGAGGAGCUGUGGAGAUGGAGCUGUCCAAGUAUCUGCGGGAUUAUUCCAGAACCAUCCCCGGGAAGCAGCAGCUCUUGAUCGGCGCCUACGCCAAGGCCCUGGAGAUCAUCCCCAGGCAGCUGUGCGACAACGCCGGCUUCGACGCCACCAACAUCCUCAACAAGCUGCGCGCCAAACACGCGCAGGGCGGCAUGUGGUACGGCGUGGACAUCAACAACGAGGACAUCGCCGACAACUUUGCCGCCUGCGUGUGGGAGCCGUCCGUCGUCCGGAUCAACGCGCUGACCGCGGCCUCGGAGGCGGCCUGCCUCAUCCUGUCCGUCGACGAGACCAUCAAGAACCCGCGCAGCGCCGUUGACGGACCGCCGGGCGGCGGGCGCGGCAGAGGCCGCGGAAGACCCCACGCCCACUAAGACCCCCUCCCGCCCCAAAGUGUCAGCUGCGUUUGGGUUCCCGAUCGAGGGACGUCGGCAGGCUGCUUCACGCUAGACUUGAGCUUGAGAGGUAACCCGGUUCUACUGCCUUUGCGUUCCAUUGACAGAAGCGGUUCCACGUCUGCCGGUCGUCUCCGACUCAUUUCAGUUUCUGGUUGUUUUCCCCCCACGUGUGAGUUUUGGCUUAAUUUUCGUGCGUGCGUCGCCGAGCGCGGCCUCUUUGUCACUCGUCGCGGUGCGGUUUCCCAACGUCAGGGCCCGCUUGUUCCUCUGGCGUUCGGUCGCCACUCGUCUGCUUUUGUGUGAUGUGACAAAGGCGGAAAGAAAAGCACUGAAAGGAUCUGCGCUGCGCGUGUGCGUAUUUAUUGGACCAUUCUUAAUAAAUGCACCUGCAAAGUCAA